AGCAGGCACAGGGCCACCAGGCGGAGCAGCAGGCACCGGGUCACCAGGCGGAGCAGCAGGCACCGGGCCACCAGGCGGAGCGGCGGGCGCCGGGCCCCCAGGCGGAGCGGCGGCGGGGGGGGGGGGGGACCGGGUCAUCAGGCACGACAACGGGCAUCGGGUCACCAGCAUCAGGUCAUUUGGCUCGCCAGUGGGCACCGUGUCAUCUGGCAAGGCAGUGGGCACCGAGUCACCAGGCACGACAGUGGGCUCCGAGUCAACUGGCAUGACCGCGGGCACUGGGUCAGACAUUGGAUCGUCUGGUGGACAGCGGGCAUCGGGUCACCAGGCAUCAGGUCAUUUGGCUCGACAGCGGGCACCGCGUCAUCUGGCAAGGCAGUGGGCACCGAGUCACCAGGCACGACAGUGGGCUCU